AUGAAUAUGGAUCUGCGGAAGUUCAUGCACGUCAGUCUGACUUACCCAUCUGAUAUCUCCCCUAUGUCAUUUGUCAAUGUUUCUGUCGACAGUGAGGUCGAUGAAAAUUUCAAUGAAAUUGACGUUGAGCAUGAGAGCAAUGAGAAUGCCGAAGAUAUUGAUGAUAUUAAAGUUGAAGAGGUAAACACUGAAUAUAUGUUUUCAAACAGCAGUAUGCCUGAGAAUCAUGUACACAGAUUCAUCGCAACAUUUAUUGUGCUAUUCGAAAUUUGCUACGUGAUCACCAACAACUUGCCUUUUAGUGGGUGGUUUAAAGCUGAGAACAUUAUCCUUGUAGGACUUUUGCCUGGUCCCAAGGAGCCCAAAACUGACGAAAUAAAUAACUAUCUUGAGCCAAUGGUAGAUGAAUUUGUACAGCUGCAUCGUGGAGUAAGAGUCCCAGCAUUCGAGUUUCCUGCUGGCGAAGUGAUUCGUGCUGCAUUGAUGAUGGUUGCCUGCAACAUCCCAGCUGUCAGAAAGACCAGCGGAUUUACUGCAUUGAGAAGCAAAAUCGGCAGAAAAUUUGCAUUUAUGAAAGCAGACGAGUGGAAAUCGUGGGUGUUGGUGUAUUCUCCUCUGGUGUUGAACAUUACAUUUGAUGAUAUUAAUACCGCCCAUAGACAUCUCGAACAAUUUUGUGAAAAAUGCAACAAGAUUUACACCGCCACAAUCCUUACCUGUAACAUGCACCUAAACCCUCGUUUUCGAGAAACUAUUCUAGAUUUUGGACCAGUGUACAGUUAUUGGCUCUUUAUAUUCGAGAGAUACAAUGACCUACUCAAGAAUAUCAGUACAAACGGCAAGGACAAUUCUUCUGAAACUACCAGAAUUAUUAUCAUUGGCAAUGAACCUCUCCCGUCUACAUCCUUCACACUUUCAGUUAGUAAACCUUCUUCAAUGGGUGAUAUUGAUUAUCCCUACUUGUUGCAAUACUACAAACUUGCAUACCUCACCCCCGAUCUCGUCCAUUAUCAAAGUUCUGCCGCCUCUUUAUUCUUUGCCAAUGAUCAGAUUAUAAAGUUGGAAUCAAUCAACAAUAUUGGCCAAGUGUACUAA